AUGUCAAUGGAACUUGGACAUUAUAGGACACGUUCAAACGUGCCUAGCACGAGCAGAAUGAAAGAAGAAGAUGAUGAAGAAGCUCUGAAAUGGGCUUCUCUGGAGCGACUUCCUACGUAUGAACGUGCCAGGAAAGGUGUUUUGCAUGGGAUUUUGGGUGACUUCAAAGAGAUUGAUCUUCGUGACCUUGGGUUUCAAGAGAGGAAAGAUUUGUUAGACAAGUUCAUGAAGAAUGCAGAUAAAAAUGAAGAGUACUUGAAGAAGCUCAAAGCAAGAAUUGACAGAGUUUCUUUGAAUCUGCCAACAAUUGAAGUUCGAUUCGAGAAUAUCAAUGUGCAAGGAGAAGCCUAUGUUGGUAGCAGGGCUUUACCAACUAUCUUCAACUCAAUUUUCAAUGCUAUAGAGGGUGUAGGCAAUUACCUUCAUAUUCUGUCAAGUCAAAAAAAAAAGUUCUCAAUUCUACGAGAUUUGAGCGGAAUCAUCAAGCCAGGGAGAUUGACUCUGCUUUUAGGCCCCCCAGGUUCAGGAAAAACCACCCUACUACAAGCAUUGACUGGAAAAUUUGAUUCAGAUGUAAAGUUUUCUGGGAAAGUAACAUAUAAUGGUCAUGAAAUGCAUGAGUUUGUACCCCAGAGGACCUCUGCUUAUAUUAGCCAGUAUGAUAUCCACAUACCACAAUUGACCGUUAGAGAAACAUUGGAAUUCUCUGCAAAAUGUCAAGGAGUCGGAACUGGUUAUGAGAUGCUUACAGAGCUCUUGAGAAGAGAGAAAGAGUUAAACAUUAGGCCAGAUCCUUAUAUUGAUGCCUUGAUGAAGGCAUCAGUUCUGGAAGGACAUAAGGAAGAAAUUGUUACAGACUAUGUUCUCAAGAUUUUAGGACUGGAAGUUUGUGCUGACACCAUAGUAGGAGAUGCAAUGAUGAGAGGCGUUUCUGGAGGGCAGAAGAAACGUGUUACUACAGGGGAGAUGCUGGUCGGGCCUGUGGGUGCACUUUUUAUGGACAAUAUAUCAACUGGUCUAGACAGUUCCACCACUUAUCAAAUAGUCAACUCGAUCAAGCAAUCAAUCCACAUUUUCAACAAGACUGCUAUGAUCUCUCUUCUCCAGCCUCCACCAGAAACUUUUGAGCUUUUUGACGACAUUAUCCUUGUCUCAGAGGGGCGAAUUGUGUAUCAGGGCCCCCGUGAAUAUGUUCUUGAGUUCUUUGAAUCCAUGGGAUUUAAAUGUCCAGAGAGAAAAGGCAUUGCAGACUACCUACAGGAAGUUACAUCAAGAAAGGAUCAGAGACAAUAUUGGUUUCAUAAAGAAUUACCAUAUCGCUUUAUAUCAGUCAAUGAGUUUGCAGAAGCCUUCAACUCAUUUCACAUUGGAAUAGCCAUCCGGCACCAGCUUGCCAAUCCAUUUGACAGGUCAAAGAGUCAUCCUGCAGCUUUGACAAAAACCAGAUAUGGAGCUAGCAAAAAAGAAUUGAUGAAAGCCUGUUUAUCAAGAGAAGUUAUUUUGAUGAAAAGAAAUGCAUUCUUGCAUGUAUUCAAGAUAUUUCAGCUUGAACUUAGUGCGGUCAUUGUUGCUACUGUCUUUGUGCAAGCUAGAAAGCAUCACAGUACAAUUGAAGAUGGAACAGUCUACCUAGGCGCUCUCUUUUUUGUGCUUAACACAAUUACCUUCACUGGAUUUUUUGAGCUUCCUUUGACCAUCGAUAAGCUUCCAAUAUUUUACAAGCAAAGAGACCUCCUCUUUUACCCUUCAUGGGCAUUCUCAUUACCAACAUCAAUUCUUGGCAUUCCUAUAUCAAUAUUUGAAGUUGCUCUUUGGGUUGCCAUAACUUACUAUGUAAUAGGAUUUGAUCCCAACGUUACAAGGAUGCUCAAACAAUAUCUUGUUCUUGUAAUGAGUGGACAGAUGUCUUAUGUACUUUUUAGAUGCAUUGCUGCAUUGGCUAGAGAUCAUACAGUUGCCAACACGACUGGAUGCCUUGCAGUGAUGUGGCUUUUAAUGUUUAGUGGAUUUAUCUUAUCAAGAGAGAAUAUGCAGAAAUGGCUGAUCUGGGGCUAUUGGGCAUCUCCUCUGAUGUAUGUGCAAACUGCAAUUUCAGUAAAUGAAUUCCUUGGUGGAGCCUGGAAUCAAGCUCUUAAUGGAACAAAGGAGUCUCUGGGAAUGGCAGUCUUGAAAGCUCGCGGGGUGUUCACCAGUGCUAUUUGGUAUUGGAUUGGUCUUAUUGCAUUGGUUGGAUUUAUAUUCCUUUUUAAUGGGAUCUGUACUCUUGCUUUUGCUUACCUUGACCAAUAUGGGAAAUCCCAGGCAGUGUUUUUGUCUGAAGAAUCUGCUAAAGAGGACACUAUUAGGACAGGUGAAGGGGAGGGCAAUGAAAUAUUAUUAGACAAAAAUAACUCCAAGACUAAGAGAGCAUCGAGAAGAGCUGUGGCUGUUUGCAAUUAUCAAGAGAGAGGAAUGCUUCUUCCUUUCAUUCCGCUAGCUGUUACCUUUGAGAAUAUCACAUACUCAGUUGAUAUGCCAAAGGCAAUGAAAUCCCAAGGUGUCUUGGAUGAUCGAUUGGUACUUUUGAAGGGAGUGAAUGGAGCCUUUAGACCAGGAGUGUUAACAGCCUUAAUGGGUGUUAGUGGGGCUGGUAAGACCACUCUACUGGAUGUGUUAGCUGGGAGGAAAAAUAAUGGAUAUAUAGAAGGGAACAUCACUGUUUCAGGCUACCCAAAGAAACAGGAUACUUUUGCUCGAGUUACAGGAUACUGUGAACAAAAUGACAUUCACUCUCCCCUUGUCACUGUCUAUGAAUCCUUAUUAUACUCAGCAUGGCUUGGAUUGCCUCGUGAUAUUGAUACUCAGAGUAGAGAGCUUUUUGUUGAGGAGGUUAUGGAACUGAUUGAGCUGAUACCACUACGAAAUGCAUUGGUUGGAUUUCCAAAUGUGAAUGGACUAUCCAUUGAGCAGCGCAAAAGGCUAACCAUCGCAGUUGAGCUUGUUGCAAACCCCUCAAUAAUCUUCAUGGAUGAGCCAACCUCAGGUCUUGAUGCAAGAGCAGCAGCCAUUGUGAUGAGAACCGUGAGAAAUACAGUGGACACAGGAAGAACUGUAGUAUGCACAAUUCACCAGCCAAGUAUUGACAUAUUUGAAUCAUUUGAUGAGCUCUUCCUAUUGACGCGUGGAGGUGAAGAAAUAUAUUUUGGUCCUCUAGGCCGUCACUCAGGCCAUUUGAUAAAGUAUUUUGAGGAAAUAAAUGGAGUAGGGAAAAUAAAAGAUGGUUGUAACCCCGCAACUUGGGUCUUGGAAGUGACAACACGAGCUAAGGAAGAGAUUCUAGGAGUACAAUUUGCAGACGAGUACAAGAAAUCAGAUCUCUACAGAAGAAACAAGGCUUUGAUUUCAGAGUUGAGCACACCCCCCCCUGAUUCGCAGGAUCUACAUUUCCCCACUAAGUAUGCACAAUCCUACUUCACACAGUUCAAAGCUUGCUUAUGGAAACAGCACAAAUCAUACUGGCGGAAUACGCCUUACAAUGCAGUGCGACUUUAUUUUAGUACUGCGGUGAGCAUUAUGUUUGGAGUCUUGUUCUGGAAUCUUGGAAGUAAAAGGGGAACAAGACAGGAUGUUUUCAAUGCAAUGGGUGCCAUGUACACUGCAAUUACAUUCAUGGGAGCACAGAGUGCUGCUUCUGUGCGACCAGUUGUAAUAGCUGAAAGAACAGUUUUUUACAGAGAGAGGGGUGCUGGAAUGUACUCUGCAUUGCCUUAUGCCUUUGCACAGGUUGCUAUUGAAAUCCCUUAUACCAUGGCUCAGGUUGCUGUAUAUGGGGUUGUAGUCUACGCAAUGAUGGGAUUUGAAUGGACAGUUUCCAAGUUCUUCUUAAACACGUUCUUCAUGUUCAUCACAGUUCUCUGCUACAUAUACUAUGGCAUCAUGGUCGUAGCUAUAAGUCCUAAUCAAGCAGCUGCCGCGGUUCUUUCAGGGGUCUUCUAUACAAUGUGGAAUCUCUUCUCAGGCUUUAUAAUUCCCCGACCGAGGAUCAUUGCAUGGUGGAGAUGGUAUGCAUGGGUGUGCCCAGUGUCAUGGAGUUUGUGGGGAAUGUCUACUUCACAGUAUGGAAACUUACAGACCAAGUUAGAGUCAGGAGAGACAGUGGCUCAGUUAAUGGAAGACUACUUUGGGUUCAGACGAGACUGGUUAUGGAUAGUUUCUCUGGUACUAAUAGGGUUCACUUUGCUGUUUGCUUGUGUAUUUGCUUUCUCCAUGAAAUUCUUGAUCUUCCAAAAGAGAUGACAAUUUUGUUUUCCUGGAGUACACUAUGGUAGAAACUCUAUUUC